AUGGGGAGGCCAAAAACAAAAUUGGGAGAAGGCAAGAACAAAGCCAAUAAGUCUAUUACUUUUUCCCAUAGGAAAAAUAGUCUUGUCAAGAAAGCUUAUGAACUGUCAACUCUGUGCGAGAUAGACCUUGCUCUCAUCUUUUUUACCCCAACCGGGAAGCUCUCUCUUUUCGAUGGAAAAAGCAGUGUAGAAGAAACUCUCGAGCGUUAUCUUAAUCUUCCACCACCUUGCAGAGAAAGGUAUGCUAAAGUUUUGGAAUUAAAGAAAGAAUUAGAAAAGGAUGAUGAUGAUGAUACCCAGCUUGCAGCUAUUGGGCUGCAAUUACCCAAUGGUUCCAUGGGAGGAGAUGGAAUUUCUAUCAAUAACUUCAUCAGCUGGCUUGAUUCACAAAAUGAUGAUGGUAAUCAAUGGAAACGCAUGCUUGCUGCUUCAACUCAUUUUGAUCAUCAUGGACUUCAAAUUCGUAGUGAUGGUGGUGGAAUCCUUAGAAACCAACUAAGGAAUUAUGCAAAUAGUAACAGUCAUCUUCAAGCACGACGCUGUGCAGGCUCAGCAAAAAGCCUUCAAUUUCAUAAUUUGAAGUUCGAUGUUGGAUCCUCAAGUGCUGGAAACAUUACAAGUGAUAAUAUUAUGCAAUCAUAUUAUCAUCAACCAGCAGCUUUGGCUAAUCAAACUCAUCAUCCCGUUCCCUCCUAUGCUGCUAACACUUAUAAUGGUCUUCCUAUUGGGUUAGCUCCAGCCUCUAUUUAUGGAAACAAUACUAGAUUAAUCAAUCAAAUCUUACCUUCUUCAUCAGCUGGUCAUCAUCGUGAUCGAAUGAUUCCAUAUACUACACCAAAUGGAAUUUCAUCAUUUGCUGGUAAUGAUCAGUCAAUACAAACAGUACUUACAGUUGAUAAUCAUGAAAUGAUUCCAAGCUACAUGGGACUACAUGGGUUUCCAUCAUUAGUCAAUGGUAAUUAUGGAAAUGGGAUUAAUCAAUCAAUACUAUUUGCAUCUAGUGGUGAUCAUGAUCAAGACAAUAAGAUGGUUCCAUAUUAUCCUGGCUAUGAUGAUCAACAUAGUGGAUUUAAAUGCCAACAAACAGGGAAUUACAGUUCAAAUGCUAUAAAUCCUGAAUUACCAACACAGCAGCAGACAAAGAUUAAUUUUCCUGAAAUGGUCUCUUAUCACAACAUUGAUAAUUACUCUCUCGGUGGAAAUUUUGAAAAUCCAGCGAAGAAUAAUGAUAAUAAUAAUAUUAAUAACAUAAAUAAUUAUAACAGUAACGAUGAUGAUCAGUUACUGGAGCAACUACUUGCUCAUAUAGAUUUUGAUGGUGAAAUUUUGUGUGGCGACACUAUGAGCAACGAUGAUGGGAUUAAUAAUGGUGGCUAUGAAGACAGUAGAUAUGUGGAACAAUUUUUAGGGCAUGGACAACUGAGAAAUCUUAAUCCUAGCUGUUUACCUACGCCAGAAAACAAUGACUUCCAACCAGCUUCUGGAAACAACAUCGUCAGCAAGCAAAACGGCACCGAUGACAACCAACAAUGGAGUCGUCGCUGA